CUUCCGCCCUGGUCCAGCGGUUGCCCACUCCUCGGUUGUUUACGUCUUUAGCGCUUUAAUUUGACCUCAACUCUCAGACGAGUUAAAUCGGCGAUGCUAACGCUAGCUAGCCACACAGCUAACUAGCAGCGCCCCCCGGAGAGCAGAGCUGUUGACACGGCCCUUGUUGUUUCAGUGUCAGGCCGCAUGAGGAGAAGUCUCAGGGUCUGCUCGGUUCGGUGCUAACGAGGUGUCCGUGUUGCAGGUCGUGUGUGCGGACGUCAGUGAUGCCCGGGGAGAGGCCGGGCUGCUGCGGGGACAGGACAGACCGGAGGUGGGGACAUGGCUUCUGAGUGACUCCUUGUUUACUUUCUCAUGAUGAACAGCGAGGAGGAGUUUUACGACGCUGAGACAGGGCUGGAGUCAGAUGAUUCCUGUGAGGUCAGUUUCAAAGAUGCCCUGGUGUUGGACAGCAAGCAGGCGGCCGCACAGGAGAAUGGAGUGUGGGAGCGCAGGAAAACCCUGCCUGCGGAAAUGAUCUCCAGAAACAACUUCAGUGUGUGGAGUAUUCUGAAGAAAUGCAUCGGCAUGGAGCUGUCCAAAAUAGCAAUGCCGGUUGAGUUUAACGAGCCGCUCAGCUUUCUCCAGAGAAUCUCGGAGUACAUGGAACACACUCAGCUUAUUCACAAAGCCUGCAGUUUAUCUGACUCCAUAGACCGCAUGCAGGUUGUUGCUGCUUUUGCCGUUUCAGCCGUAGCAUCUCAAUGGGAAAGGACUGGAAAGCCAUUUAAUCCUUUACUGGGGGAGACUUAUGAACUCAUUAGAGAGGAUGAGGGAUACAGAUUGAUCUCAGAGCAGGUGAGCCACCAUCCCCCCGUCAGUGCCUUCCACGCUCAGUCUCUGAAGCAAGAGUUCGAGUUUCAUGGCUCUAUCUACCCGAAACUCAAGUUCUGGGGCAAAAGUGUGGAGGCUGAGCCCAAAGGCACCAUGACACUGGAGUUACUGAAACAUAAAGAAGCAUACACGUGGACAAAUCCAAUGUGCUGUGUGCAUAAUAUCAUUUUAGGUAAACUCUGGAUUGAGCAGUACGGAACAGUGGAGAUAGUCAAUCACAGCACGGGAGAAAAGUGUGUGUUAAACUUUAAACCAUGUGGGAUGUUUGGGAAAGAGCUGCACAAAGUGGAAGGUUACAUCCAAGACAAGAGUAAGAAGAAGCGGCGAGUGAUCUAUGGGAAGUGGACAGAGUGCAUGUACAGCGUGGACCCCAAGGUUUAUGAAGCGUAUAAGAAGUCAGACAAGAAGCUGAAACAGGAACCCAGCUGUGAAGGUGAAGAGGCAGACGAGAUGCCUGAAGUUCAAGAGACUGUGACUGUGAUACCAGGAAGUGCCUUAUUGUGGAGGAUAACACCGCGGCCUGCUCACUCAGCGCAGAUGUAUAACUUCACGAGUUUUGCCAUGACACUAAACGAGCUGGAACCCGGCACAGAGCGGCUAAUGCCACCGACAGACUGCCGGCUGAGGCCCGACAUCAGAGCCAUGGAAAAUGGAGACAUAGACUCAUCAAAUGUAGAGAAAGAGCGGUUAGAAGAGAAGCAAAGAGCUGCACGACGGGAACGCUCCAAGGAUGAGGAGGAGUGGUCGACCAGGUGGUUCAAUCUGGGAACAAACCCCCACACGGGAGCGGAUGAUUGGCUCUACACAGGUGGAUACUUUGACAGGAAUUACACUGACUGUCCCAACAUCUAUUGACGCCAGAGGAGCUCACUGUGAACGUCUCCUCCCCCGAUAGGUUUUACUUCGUUUCUCUGAGCAUCGAAGAUCUGUGUCUUUGUGACGCUCACUGGUACUGUGUCUUUGUUUGAGUCAACGUAACGCUGGUUUCAAAAUGUUAUCAGACAAUUAACAAGGUUAUCUGCAACCGACUGUGAACGUUGUCCACAGGAGAAUUGUUAUAUUAAGGAGAAUUUUAGAGUUUACUUACUGUACAUGUACAAUAAUAGUCCACAUUACUCACCUGACGAGGGUUUUAAACCAGUCAACCUCUGUGUGAUCGCUGCCGUGCUGCUGCUGGACACAAAGCUCUGACUCCCAUAGGAUGUGUUUCCCAGGUUUAGGUUUUCAAUCAUCAUCGUACCUGUAGACGAACCACACACUUCUGUCAAGUUGCAUUCAGAUAUCAGGGGUUAUUAUACACAUCUGCUACUUUUAUAUAUGGCCUAUUUGAAUAUUAGAUGUUUAUUUUAGUUAGCACUAAACAUCCCUGAAACAUCACAAGUGUGAUUAUUUUCUGUGACUAGAGACAGACAGUAAAGUUGAAAGCUGCUUAUAACCACGUUUACUGACACGGUAAACAGAUGUUGUUGGUACAUUAUAUUGUUGUCCGCUGUAACAUAGGUCAUCGGUAUAAUAACUGGUGCAUGCAUGGCCACCAUGUUGAUUAUUUACACACGUUUAAGCCAUAAAAAAACCUUUUUCUGCACUGAAUAAUAUACCGUCAAUGCAUUUACAUAAAACUUUAGAGCAAAGGGAUACAGAGCUAGUUGGUUUAAAAGAAGGGGGGGUGUUCAAAGUCUGACGCUGCAGACUCCGGCCCCUGACUAUUUUGAAUUGUUCUGUUUAUGUAGACGGUCACAGGUUGUCAAUAUAAUACCUGUACGUGGAUGGACAGAGGAGAGAAUCAGUGUUCCAGGAAAAUAACGACGUCAAUGAGACAUUCUGAGCCUUAGGACUGUCAAAAAAUAUUAAUACUAGCCUACAACAUAAAAAAUGUUCAUACUAAUGGAUUUUCUAACUCCUUUUAUUAUUCCUUGUCUCACUUAAAUGUAGGAGCACAAUCAUUCUCUAAGAUCUGGGCAUCACAGCUCCAAGUAGAAUGUCACUCAGUGGAGAGCGUACCUCUGCCAACGGUCCUUUUAAAUUCAAUCAAGCUGCACAAAAUUCUACACACUCAUAGUUAUCAGUCCCUUAAACAUCUGAUUAUUUUUCAUCAAGAAUUCUGAAUUAUUCUCUGGGAAAACAGUGAUCAUGCUGACAAAUGCCCUAUUUUGCAUUCAGGAUCUGCCUGAUCCGGAACCUUCCACCUGGUUCUCUGUAAUCUUGCUUCAAACAAAUGAACAGGGGUGUAACAAGAAUAGUUCUCAUCAGGGGCCAGACCUCUGCCCAGGCUCAGCCGUCCCCUCAUGAAACCACAUUUAAAUCUGCUAGAGCUGCUAAGAACAUGAAAACACUGUGCUGAUCUGCCCCCAAACGUCCUCAACUCUCAUUUCAACGCAGACUUUUAUUCACUGUGGAAUAAAUGAUUUGUGAUAUUCUCUGGACACUGGAUCUAAAAGGACAAAUGUUGAUCUUGUCAGACGUUUGCCAGAUUGAGGAGGUGCACCUCCCACUUCUCUGCUUUAAAGAGAAAACUGUGUCAUAUUAAAGACAUUCUCUGAGUGUUUCCUGUUGGAGGUCCUCAAGUCAUUCUUCAGUUCACCACAAAUAACAGGAAACUGUUGACAUCAUGAACCUAUGCAAACUGAUCCAUCCACUCUGCCCUCCUGAAAUGUGAAAAAUAAAAACACUUUAUUUCUGUCCA